CCUCGUCCACUCCUCCCCCGACCGUCAGAUGGUGUUGAGUUGUGGUGCAGGGAAGGUGUGUGUCACACGCGUCUCUCGUCCGUCCACCGCUCCCUUUUAUUUUUUUUUCCCCUCCUUCGGGAGAACAGCAACUUCUCUUCCUCGGGCGGCCAUUGCCGAAUCCGCGCGGAGGGGGGAAAAAGAAAAAGGAGUUUCAGUUUCGUGAAAUAUCCAGGAACCACCCGAAUGUGAAUCAGGAAGCGGUAUACAGACACACAUAUAUACACACGUUACACCACGCCGUCGUCGCUGCGGAAAAGCGACAAACGGAGAGAGAGAGAGAGAGAGAGGGAGAGGAGAGUGAGCGACCCUCGAAGAAUAGAGAAGAAGAAGUUUUGUGAAAGUUUUGCUUUAAUCGUCGUUCCGCGGCGCUGUAGUAGUAGGAAACUUCACACGAAGUGGGUGAAAUAUAUUUUGGCAGAAGUGUGUUUAUUUAUUACUUAAAUAAAAGACGAUGUGAAACGCGGGGUUUUAAAAUCGUUCUGGGAAGUAAAAUAAAUUAAAAAAGUGUCUUCGAUGAGUGAACGCCGCCGCCAUCACCAACUAUGUUGAAGAAUCCUCCGGGUUGAGCUUUUUUGAAAAUAAGAUUUAAAAAAAAAACUCAUUUAUUUGGUGAAUCGUUCGUCGUGUGUGUCUAAAGUGCGUGUACGCGCAUGCAUGCGUGUGUCUACUUUAAGUGUAUGUGUGUGUUUGUGAGUUUAUGAAAGCCUGUACGCCUCAUUUAAAAUAAAAAGUAAAAAAAAAAAAAUAAAUUUAAAACCCCCACAGGAGGAAAUAUGUGUGGUACGAAUGACCUGCUGCAGGUGGAUUUGUGUUACUGCGAAGGGCCAAGGCGGCGAGAUGAUGAUGAUCAAAAGCAGCUGGGGGACACUUGCUCCUGUAGUAGUAGUAACACCGUCAGCAGCAGGAACCGUAAAAGUAGCAGCAGUAACAGUACCAACAGCGGUAACAGUAGCAGUGUGGAGAAGGUUUGGAAGGAGACUCAGCAGCUGAUGGAAGACAGAGAGCAGCUGGUGAGGAUUAUGACCCAUGUCUGCUCACAGCAGUUCUCCGGCGGCGCCUACAGGACUCUCGCCAGGUACUCCCAAGGUGUGCGGAUGGGUACAUGGGCCAGCGGUGCGAGUUCAAAGACUUGGACGGGUCCUACAUCCCAGCUCGAGAGAAGGUCCUGUUGGAAACCGCUUCCAUCGCGGGCGGGGCCACCGUAGCCUGCGUUCUGGUGUUCAUCGUCCUUUUUGCCGUCUACAUCUUCAUGCAGAAAGACAAGGACAAACGAUGCAGGGAUCUUGAUGAUGGACGGAACAGUGACCGGCAGCCGUUUUCGGGGUACCAGAAUCCCAAGCCAGAGGUGUUCAGAACUAUAAGCAACCCGUAUGCUCGCACUCUUGAUGAGCUAAGCCAUGUUGAAGUGGAGUCAGCUGGGCACGGCAUCAACACGGUCAACACGGGCACGGCAGGAAGAAUUGGCAGUGGAAGUUCAGCGGGCGGAGGUGGAGGAGGAGGUGGAGGAUCAGGAGGGGGAGGGGUGGUAGGAGGAAAUCCGGUCUACUCAAAUCUCCAUCACAAUGGAAAACAGCAGACAACAUUAGCAGGAGCAGCAGCGUCUUCACCAACGGCUUUGUAGUUGAUGAUGGAGACUUUGGAAAAAGCAACUCAGGAGUCCAUCAGAAGAACUCUGGGGGAACACAGUGAUGUCGCCAUCAACAUUGCAAGUGUAGUACAGUAGUACAACGCUGCUGCUGCUGCUGAUGCUGCUUUCAUGACCGAGCCUUUUCCUUCUUGCAGUAUUGGCAAAACCUACACCAACCGUUGUUACUCAGACGACUGUUUGAUCCUUGCUGGUGCAAGGUUUUCUUUUUUAUGAUAUAUUUCCUCCUCAUCUUCCCCCUCCUGCAGCCAGCCCCUCACUCUUUCCCCUGGUGCUCAUUAAGUACUGUACUCGGCCAGCAUGGAUGUCUCACUUUUUGUAAAGCCUAUGAUUGAUGGUUGAGUGAUUGGAUAGCUUCAUGGGUCACCUUUUUCUUCAGACUUCUAUCGAGAUAGUAAAUUCAGUGAGAUGGUUUAUAGAGCUGGUAGACACUUGAAAAAAAAAAAGAAAAAAAAAAAAAAAAACGUCAUUUGGACUGAAGAAGACGGAACAAUACUGAGAGAAAUGGUCUACUAUGGCUGCCAGACAUUAUAUACAUUUGUAUAACUAUAUCUUAUUUGAUAUGACACUUGAAUGUUAUAACUGUCUUUUAGAUUCACAGAGUAAUAUAUAUACAUAAUAUAGUGUUUUAGUGGUCUUCUGCCUUGUGUACAUAGAAGUAACCAUCAUGAUAAUUGUCUUGAAAAGGUGCCUCUUAUUUGCGCAGUUGCCUUCCAUAACUAGGCUCGAAAGGUCCACAUCAGAUGAUUAUCGUCUUUUUAAGAUGAUGAUGAUGAUAUAAUGUAUUUUGUCUCAAUGUGCCCAAUAGGUUUAUUCAUGAUAAUAAUAUUAGCCUUCUGAGAGACUGCAUUCUACUUAACACAAAAAGUUAGAUGUGAGUAUCUUGGCAUUGUCCCAGCCGUCCACGUGGUACUUAAUCAUAAUAAUUAUUAUAAUAAUAAUAAUAAUAAUAAUAACAAUAAUGUUAAAAAAAGUCUUUGUAGAUUUGACUUUCUGUGUAGAUUCCAAAGAGUAAUCAUAUUUUUAUUCAAUCAUUCAUUCAUCGUAUGUGUAGCUUCUUCGUGUUUGUAUCCUUGUGAUGAUAUGCGCAGUUUAUUUUUCAUUCUUUCGUAUAGAUAUAACUUGUAUAUUAAUAUUAGUCAUAGUGAUCAUGGUACCCAAUCAUUAUCUUUGGUUUAUGCUGUGCUUAGAUAAUGCAUUUCUGUACAUUCCCAGCUUCGACGAUUGCCCCUUGUUUAUAGAGGGUGUGGCAGGCUACCUACCUGCCGCCGAUUCCAGACAAUUCCAUUAGUUCAGUCAGAUUAUCCAGAACACACAUAAAAAAAGAAAACUGAAAAAAAAUGAUCACACGUUAGGUCUGUCUUCAUAGUUUUUUGUUUCGUAAAGGAAUCCACGAGAAUUUUUUCCCCUUUGUUGACUAGAAGAAAUGAAAAGGACACUUGUAGUCAUACAUUUAGUAACUUUUAGGAUUGUGUGGUGGAAUGUUCAAAUCUUCUGACUCUGAUAACUGUGUUCUGAGGUCACGUACAGAGGACUAGGUUGCACCACAGAUACUAUUCCUGUCAAUAUGUGUCGUCAGUUUUCCUCUUGACCACCGUUAAUUUGCAUAACAUUUUUUUUAAUGAGUUUGUUAUGACUACAGUAAAUUCUUAACACAAGACUGCUUUUUACUCCGUUGAUUAGAUAUAUACUCUUAAGUUGAUCAUCCCUAACUUGUCGAGACUGCAAUAUUGCGGGUCACUUGCCUCGCAAGCAGUUUUGACAUUGUUAUUUUAUCAUUGUCUUCAGCACUGCCAGCCUGCAAGCAUGAUAGAGAAUAUUGCUUUAGCACUAAAGUUAUAUUAUCCAGUUUCUGGUUAGGAAAUGUUUGUAAAUAUUGUAAAGAACCUAAGUUAAAUUCCAGCGCAAGAGUGUUUGAGAAGACCCCUCUCAAUUGCAGGAAAUUUUGGCAAGGCUCAGAGGCUGCAAUGCUCUGCAAUGGAUGGUUCAUCUCCAGUUGCCAUGCACACAAGUUUGCAAACUUUUCCCUUUUAUUGAUGUUCAUCAUAAAAGGUGGUGAGUGUGUGACUGGAGGAGCAUUGCUGUCUCUCCCUCCAGAUAGGAGAGAUGGACCUUCUUUUGACAUUCUUGGCUGGAGUUGGAAUAGCAUUAGCUUGUAACAUUUGUAAAUAUAUCUAGCAAAUUAUUAGCGUACUGCUGAUCAGCUUUGUGUAAGAUUGUCUGCUUUAUUUGUCAUUCUUUUUGAUUAUUAUCUUGCUAUAGAGUUGAUUACUAUCUGUAAACAUCCAAUUAUACUAAGAAGCAGCAGUUUCUUGCCUGAAUACGAGUCUCUCUCAGCACUGCUGCAGUCAUAUACCUCGCAAGUUGUUUCAGGACUGAAGGCUGCUUUCUUUUCACGUUCACUUUGUAACUCAUCUGAGAGGAAGGCUGAUGUUCCUUCUCCCCCCACGUAGAGAAAUUGAUUUUGGCAGUGCAAAGUCAAUUUGAGGAAAUGACAACUCAUCAUUUGUAGAGGCUGAAUCAAUCCCCUUCACACUUGGAACAAUUUAAUUUGCAACAGUGCUUGAGGCGACUCGCAUUCUGAAGGUUUGGUUGACUUGUGUCAGAGUCCUCCUGCAGACUGCAGAACCACGCCUUCUGACCACCUGUCGGUCGGUCGCUCGCUGUAGUCCAUGAUGUUAGACAAGGCACUUGGCUUGUAAAGGUUCCUAUGAUGGUAUUUUGUGCGCGUUUUAUGUUUUCUGGAGUCUCUGGCAGUUUGAGCUCUGCAUACAAAGGUCAUCAUAUUUAUUAGGUCAAUUGUUUAGUACUAGGAAAUGGGUUCUCGUCUCUCCAGUGACCUACCUAUGUGCUUUUUUAUUUUUUGUUGCCUUUGUGUCAUGUGUUGAUGGCUUCCAUAUUAAUGAACCUUGUGUAUUUGGCUUGAUUGUCAUCCAUAUACUGUCGGUUAUUGUGUACGCUGCUACGGGUGAUAGGAUUUUCUGCUUUCCUGUGGAACCAUGCCUUACCAAAUAGUCAGGACCCAUCAUUUUGCACCCCUGCAUAAGUAGCUAUUCCAAGUAGCAAAGCCGUGGAUGUUAGUUGCAAUUAGCAAGACGUAGUAGUUGUAGAUGAAAUAGCGAGAAGAUUGUGUCAUGAUCUAGUAUUAAUAUCUUUGCCUAAGCCACAGUCAGGUACUUGGGAAGGAAGGAAGGAAGUAAGGAAAGGGAUGGCUCCUUGGGGCUCGUUUGGCGUGUGUGUGUGUAGCCUCACUACCUCUGGUAUGCCUUUGCUAGUCUCACUUAUCACUAUCACAAGCUUUAACAUCAUCGUCAUCACCACUGAUUGUUGCAGGGGUGGGGUUCCAUCCAUCCAUUUUGCUAUGACGUGAUUCUUAGUUGUGAUGCUUUUAUCGUUCAUAGCUAGAGAAAAAGGGAGAAUUUUACGUAAUUAUCAUCCCACGGAGAGUUGAAGUCUUGAAGUCUCAUAUCCCUUACUAAAUCAUUUUAUGCCCUGAUACUUGAUGUUUGGAGGAUCAUCUUCUUAUCCAGUCAACAGAAAUUUUACCACGUUUCACAGAUUCCAAAACCAUAGAUUGUAAAUGGUUGGUUAAAUGUUGUUGGAGUGUACAGGUGGUGGAUAUACUCAACUACCUGUAUACUACCUUUUGGAAUUAUGUAUUGGGACUUUCCUGCAUGUUCUCCCACAGUAGGUAAUUACUGUUUGAAACAAUCUGUGCAAGCAAUUUUUCCCCGUCUUUUAUUUUGUGGACUUCUGGCAGCGUCCUUAUUACAAAAAAGAAAAAAAUUGCAAGUUUGACGUUCAUAGAACGGAUAUUUUGUCAUUUUCUCUUCUACAUACAAUUUGAAUUAGGUUGGAUGCUGUUGCGAGUGUUUAUUCUAGUUUGGUCUGUUGACAAAGUUAGUGAUGGCUCAAGUGUGCAUUCGAGAAUUAAACAUUAGCACUUGAGAAUUAGACUACUACUCAUUUUAUAGAAUAAUGGAAGAGGGGAAAUUUCCUGUUAACGUACACUGAAUUAGUAACGUUAGGUAAGUGAAAAAUGGCCUUAGAUGAACACCCUAGUGUCUUACAGAUGACCUUAAAAUUUUCUCCUUGUUUUGACCAUGGUAUAUGGAAGCCCGAGCUGGAGCAUAUAAAAUAAAAAAAAAAAAACUCAGAUUCCACUUGGUUGGAGCUUGAUAAAUCAAAGGGACUUUGGAAUGGAUGAUAGCAGCUGAUUGUCUGUACAGGAAGAUAAAAUAUUGUUAUCCAGUGUAUUUUAUUUUAUCAAGUUACUGUCAAUAGAAGAAAUAAAGAAUUUGUUAUAAAGUA